CAAAAUGAAAAAAAAGGAAGAUAAUUGUAGCUGUACUGUAUACACAACCACCAUCAACAGUAACAAGAGGAUUAUUAUGCAGCGAUUGCUAUCUCUCUCCCUCGUCUUCUUCCAUUUUCCUCUGCAAUUCUCCUCACUCUUUCUCUCUCUCUCUCUCACACACUAAAUGCAGCUACUUCUCUUUCAUCCCUGCUAAUUUCCCUCUCAGCUCCCAUUUAUCCAUGAAUUUCUUGCGGCUACUCCCACGAAUCGUCCUGUCGAGCUGAGAAGGUACGGUGGUGACUUUCUUCAAUACAAAGUCAGUUUUUUUAUUAAUAAAGAAAGGAGAUUGCUGAAGCUAUUAUGACUUUGGGUGGUUGGGGCCAGAGAUUCAUCCAAGCAGCUUCUUCUGAAUCAGACGAUUCUGCUUUGGAUUUGGAGAGAAACCAUCAUCACUGUAACCACUUGAGUCUUCCAUCGUCUUCGAGUCCAUCUCCUCUUCAGCCAUUCACACUCAACAUCCAGCACGCAGAGAGCAACGCCCCUUACUUCUCUUGGCCUACUCUAAGCCGGCUUAACGAUGCCGUGGAAGACCGAGCAAACUACUUUGGAAAUCUCCAGAAAGGUGUUCUACCAGAAGUUAUUGGGAGGCUGCCAUCAGGACAACAAGCCACCACCUUGCUUGAGCUCAUGACCAUCAGAGCCUUUCAUAGUAAAAUCCUGCGCCGCUUCAGCCUUGGUACUGCGGUUGGGUUCAGGAUCAGCCGUGGCGUUCUGACGAACAUUCCAGCGAUACUUGUCUUUGUUGCUAGGAAAGUCCAUAGGCAAUGGCUAAGCCCAAUGCAGUGCCUUCCUUCAGCCCUCGAGGGUCCUGGAGGAGUAUGGUGCGAUGUAGAUGUUGUGGAAUUCCAAUAUUACGGUGCUCCUGCUGCAACGCCAAAGGAACAGGUUUAUAAUGAACUUGUUGAUGGCUUGAGAGGAAGUGAUCCCUGCAUUGGCUCUGGUUCUCAGGUUGCAAGCCAAGAAACGUAUGGAACCUUGGGAGCGAUUGUGAAAAGCAGAACAGGUAACCAUCAAGUUGGUUUCCUUACGAAUCGGCAUGUCGCAGUUGAUUUGGACUAUCCAAGCCAGAAAAUGUUUCAUCCUUUACCUCCAAGCCUUGGACCGGGUGUCUACCUCGGUGCAGUUGAGAGAGCAACCUCGUUUAUCACAGACGACCAAUGGUACGGCAUUUUUGCUGGCACAAAUCCAGAAACAUUUGUGAGAGCGGACGGUGCCUUUAUUCCGUUUGCAGAAGAUUUCAACACGAGCAAUGUGACCACGGUGAUAAAAGGGAUAGGCGAGAUAGGCAAUGUUCACGUCAUAGACUUGCAAUCUCCUAUUGAUAGCCUUAUUGGGAAACAAGUUGCUAAAGUUGGAAGAAGCUCUGGAUAUACCACCGGAACCAUAAUGGCUUACGCUUUGGAAUACAACGACGAGAAAGGGAUCUGUUUCCUCACGGAUUUUCUGGUCAUUGGUGAAAACCAGCAAACUUUUGACCUUGAAGGUGACAGUGGAAGCCUUAUACUGUUAACGGGUCCAAAUGGUCAGAAGCCACGACCCGUUGGGAUAAUUUGGGGCGGAACAGCUAACCGAGGAAGACUGAAACUAAUAGCCGGUCAAGAGCCCGAGAACUGGACAAGUGGAGUCGAUCUUGGUCGCCUUUUGGAUCUCUUGGAGCUUGAUCUCAUCACAUCUAACCAUGAGCUUGAAGCAGCUGCUCGAGAACAGGGGAACGCUUCGGUUACAGCCCUUGAUUCAACCGUAAGCCAGUCAUCUCCGCCUGAUCCGAUUCCCUCAGGAGACAAGCAAGAUGAGAGCUUCGAGCCAUUUAUUCCACCUGAGUUUCACAUAGAAGAAGCUAUCAUCAAACCAACACCUGAAGUAGAGGAAUAUUUGUUCAUUGCUCCUGUAUCAGUUAACGAGUCUACUUCUUCUGCUAGUAAAGUGCAAGAGAAACCCAAAGUUGAUGAUCUUGACGCUUUAAAGAACAGUUCCGAAGAAGAGGUUAACAUAUCUUUGCAUCUAGGUGAGCCCAAACUAAAGAAACCAAAGCGUUUUUAGCUGAAGCAGAGCCUAAGGAGUAAAGGACCAACAACAGGGGAUAUUACUGGAGGAGUAAAUCGGAAAUUGAUCUCCUUUACCAGUUCCCGGUUAAGUUUGGUUUGAUGGCGAUUUGAUUAAACCCAAAAAAAUUAUGUCGUAAUUGUGCAUAGUACAAUUGUAUUAUUCUUUGCGGACGAAACUAAAAUUCGAAGACGGAUACGAGUAUUGCAUAAGCUUAAGUUUAAUGUAAAUUAAAGGUGAUUAUAAUACUAUUACACAAAUGGGACAUUAAACCGG